CACGGAUAUUUCUCAGAAAACAACAGUUUUAUUCUCCGUUAGUUUUAUCGAAAAUCAUAACAGAUCUUAGCACAAACGUUGCUUUAAAAUAUGAUUUUGAACAAUAAGUAGUAUAAGAUCAAGAUUGUGGAUUAUAGGAUUGAUUGAAUCGAGGAAAAUUACCCAAAAUUGAAUUUGAAAUGACCUGUCAAAUAACAGUUUGUUUUCAAUUGAGUGUUGAAACAAAGAAUUAUAAAGACUAACUUAUCAGUUGAAUUGUUGACAUGGAAUUAAGGCUUAUGGAGAGAUGUCUUCAGUUUCUGCUUUUAUCUCAGGUUGUGGCCUUAGCCCUUGCUGGUGUCAAAUUUGAAGCAAGGAUGUUAUAUUACCAAAACCCCAGUGGGCAGGGAGCAAACGGAUUAUGCUGUGAUUCUGUUGACUUCUUCAAUUGUGGGAUUCUCAGCAAAUGUGACCCAUUCUUCAUUUUCUGUUUUGAUGAUGCAUACAGUUCAAAAGAGAUGUCAAAAUGUCCAUAUGGCAGAUAUGAAACUGACUAUUAUCAACAUAGGAAUUCUAUAACAUUUGGUGACAUGAUGAAUGGAGUGAAAAAUCCUAUGAUUUUGUCUAUUGGGCAUUGGAAGGACUCCAUUAGGCUUAAAGUACAAGUUAUAGAUGACGAUUCACAUCAUUCAAAUCACGAUAACAUAGACUUCCUUUACCAUAGAAUCACUGCAGAUCCAGAGAGCAGCUCUGAGACUGCAACAUGGAAGACUGUUAAGACAACAGGGACAACAAAAUCACGAACAGCAUUGACAUUCAAAUACAGGGUGUAUUGGGAAUCUUCAGGCGAUUCCUCUGCUCUUGGAAGUGUCGGAACCAGUUCAGUAAUCGGCAUAGUUGUUGCAGGCAUAGUCCUAGUCAUUCUUGGCGUCAUUAUAUACAUUAUCUGCAGAGUUAAUCAAUACAGAAGUCGCAACAGAAAUUAUUACCAUGAGCCUGACUCAUUUACCAAUACGACAACUCAUGUAACCAACGAUAAUGAAUUAGUUGUGCAAUACACAGCAAUUCCUGCCCCUCUUCCAGAUUUUCAUGCUGAAGUGGGAGAGAGUCCUCCAUCGUAUGAUGCAACGGUGGCAGCUGAUUCUAUCCCUCCUCCCCCCUCUUAUACUGAAGCUACAAGUAAAGAUAAGAAUAUACCAAAUGGUGCAAAUGUUAAUACGGCUGCACCAGUUUCUACUCUAGAGCCUGAACCCUCAUCACUGGAGAGUAAUACUCCAGUGAAUGAACAGAACCCAGAACAAAUGCAAGGUUCAUCAAGUGAUCUUACAACAGAAACUUUGCCAUCCAUUCGGAGUGUAGGUGUUCCAAUAGAAAAUCCUCAGCCUGAAUCUAUGGGGGCGGCCUUUUCUACUUCACCCAGUCCAAAAGGGGCUAUGCCUCAGGAAUCAAGAACCCAUAUAGAUGGAGCCUGUGGUGGUGUUGGGCCAGACCCAAUAGUUGUUACUGAAGAUAAGCCGGACAAUGAUUGGAUUGCUGAAAAGGAGAAUCGUAUUAAUGAAACCAAGCAAGACUCGUUAGAUUUGAAUCUUGCCAACAUUUCCAAGAUGCCCGGCUACAGCGUUAAGGACGUUGAUCAGCAUCAAUUUGUGAAGGCAUACGCUGCCUUCCUCAAGAAGUCUGGCAAAAUGAAGGUUCCUGACUGGAUUGAUAUUGUCAAGAAUGGUCGCUUCGCUGAACUGGCUCCUUAUGACGAGGACUGGUAUUACAUCAGGGCUGCAUCCAUGGCCCGUCACUUGUAUAUCAGAGCACCAUGUGGUGUUGGAGCCUUUACAACUGUUUAUGGAGCCCGUAAAAGGAAUGGAACAGCCCCAUCACAUUUCUGCAAAAGCUCAGGAUCUGUAUCACGCAAGGUCCUCCAGUCCCUUGAAGGACUCAAACUAGUAGAAAAACAUCCAUCAGGUGGCCGAAGACUAACCUCAUCAGGACGACGAGAUCUUGACAGAAUAGCUGCCCAGAUUGCCAGCAAAAGCAAGUCACAGCCUGCUGCAGCAGCCCAAUAGACUUUAAUAUGGACAGUACAUGUGGAUAUUUUAUGUAGGGGGCUUGGUGCAAAUAAACUGCAUCUCAAU